AUGGAUUUUAUCACCAAAUUACCGAGGACCGCACGAGGUGUUGACGCGAUAUGGGUGAUUGUAGACCGAUUGACGAAGAGUGCUCACUUCCUGGCUAUCAGUGAGAGCUCUUCUGCGGAGAGAUUGCCUGAGAUCUACGUUCUAGAGGUGGUAGCACGGCAUGGGGUGCCGACAUCGAUAGUGUCAGAUCGAGAUAUGCGUUUUACUUCCAGGUUCUGGAAGAAAUUUCAUGAGGAGUUGGGUACCCGAUUGCACUUUAGUACCGCAUAUCACCCAUAA